AUGCCAGCCUUCAACAAAUUCGACCUCCUCGGAUAUAUUGAGGGCAUAAUGCUGAAACCAGGAAAUGUCCCAUACCAUUACCUGGGAUGCUUUGCAUUUGACAGGGGCUUGUCAGAGAAGCAUUACUUCCAACAGGUGCCUCUGGGCCUGAGGCAGUGCAGGGCUGCUAUAAAAGGCAGCCCAGCUCUCUGCUCCCUCAUCGACUUUUCUCACCUCCUUCUCCUUGGGAAUCAGGUGAACCUCUCUCCCAGAGACAUGUCCUGCAACGAGAAGUGCCAGCCCUGCUGCCAGCCCUGCGGCCAGUCCUGUGGCCCAACCCCUCUGGCCAGCAGCUGCAAUGAGCCCUGUUGCAGGCAGUGCCAGAGCUCCAUCGUUGUCAUUGAGCCCUCCCCCGUGGUGGUGACCCUGCCCGGACCCAUCCUUAGCUCCUUCCCACAGAACACCGUCGUGGGCUCCUCCACCUCCGCUGCUGUUGGCAGCAUCCUCAGCUGUGAUGGAGUGCCCAUCAACUCUGGCUGCUGUGACCUCUCCUGCAUUGCCAGCUGCUACAGAUGCCCCCCUGCUAAACAUCCUGGCAAUGUCCCUGGCAAGAACCUCUCAGGACCUUAG